AUGUCGGGUCGUCUGGAUCAGCGGGGCACAGACGAUGAAGGGCCCAAAAGAGGUAUAUCCGGUGAAUUAGGCCAUCGGAGGUCGCUGGGCUUCGCUGGGUCAGCUGCAGGCGAGGAAGGGCUUGGCCACGUCGGCCCGACCUCGGCGCUCCGAUCCCACAUCGGCUUUGGGCGGGGUUUCGGGGUUAUCCCUCGGCUCCUCCACUGUCCUCCACUCAGUACACUCAGUACUGAAUCCACUCCUCCAUCGUCCACGGAGGACAACGAUAAGGCGUGUCUACAACGAUGGGUACCGCCUCACCCGCUACUAGCGGAGCGCGCAACGACUCGACGGAAAAGGACAAGCGGGAUGACAGCAAGAGUGAGGGCGCUCGCGCUUGUUCGCCUGGACGCCCUCGAAGGGCAGAUGGACAGUGUCAACGGGAAGCUAGACGGCAUCGCCUCAUUGCUGGCUAGGCUGACGAACCAACCGCCUAUCAUCCCUGACGAGCGAGCAGAAGCAUCGAGCAGCCGAUACUACACCCAACAAUCUCCAGCAUAUCAACCAUAUGUUCACUGGUCACAUAACGGAGCUCAGUCGCGAUCCGGUCCGUCCUACGGCGCGGGAAACAGCCGAACGAUGGACCCUCGGGUCUCAUCGAUGCGUACAGAUGCGGGCCCGUCUCAAGAGGAUAUGCUCAACAAGUACGAUUCCCAGAAACCCGAGUCAGGACAGCAGGUCGAGUCUACCCAUUCUUCAGACUUACAUCCGUCCGAUGACGAUGAUCCUCUCGAUGCUGCAGUCAGAAUGGAGCCUCUGCGCACUCUGACCCAUCGCGAGGAGGCCGCCCGGCUGCGGAUGGAGGGGCACGCUGGAGAGCGCUCAGAUCGAGGGGAUGGGGGAAGUAUGGCCAGUGGAUCCAGGAAGCGAAGUCAUGGGGAGGAAGGGCCGGACGGGGAGCGCCUCGUCCGACGCAAAGGCGACUUAUCGAAAAGCUUCCUUGACCCCGUCCAGCUUGGGUAUUGUACCGAGGAGGAGGGGAAAGCAUUGUUCGACUCAUUCUUCCUGCGUUCUCAUCCCUUCAUGCCAGUCAUGGAUGCAGAACGUGAUACCUGGGAAGAUCUCCGCCAGCGCUCAGCAUUCUGUACGACCGUCAUCCUGCUAGUGGCGUCUCAAGUGGCAGACGCGAAACGGUCAAGGUCGAUGAUGACAACGCAAUGUCGACAGGCAGCGGAGGCUAUGGCCAAAGUCACUCUCUUCUCUCCCGUAUCCCACUUUGAGACUGUGCAAGCCAUGGUAAUCUUGGCUUGCUGGAGUGACGUAGUCUGGCGACCAGCAUGUCACGCGAUGACCCUAGCUGUGGAUAUGGACAUGCAUCGCUGCCUACCGACCCUCUCCAAGUCUGGGAUGGGAGCCGGCAAGACGGAUGAAGCUCUCGAGCGAGACCGACCUCUGGUCCUCGGUGCCCGGAUAUGGCUAGCCCUCGUCAAGCUGGCGUAUGAAGUCGGUUAUAAUCACGCUCGACCUAUCGCUUUCCUUGCCGAGAACAACCUUCAGCUUAGUCGAGAAUUGCUGAAGCACCCCUUAUCGAACCUCUUCGACAGUCGAUUCGUAGUCUCCAUCGAGUUCUUGGCUUCUCGACAAUCACUGUUUCGGCCGUUUGACUUGGUCACCGCUGCGGAGCGCCCAGACAUCCUUGAGAAGGUGCAGGGCAUCAGCGAGACUAUAGAGGGACUGUUCGACUUCUGGAUAGCUCAUUAUGAUUCCCUCGGCCUCGGUGCGGAUGACUUCUUGGUGAAAGAGCUCAAAAGUCAGCGAGCGUACGCGAUCGUGCGGACCAACUCCCUCCUUUUGUCUGGCAUCCGCCAUAAGAACGACGUCAUCCUAAUGACCAUGGAACGCCGGGACAGUCUGAAGCGCUUGAUACAGGCUGCUGCCUUUUUGGUCGCCUCUAUCGGCAGUGGUCGUCAGGCCAAGGACUCGGAGUAUGGCAACCACUAUUUCCAUCUGGCAAUCAUCUCGACUGCGCGCAUGCUCAUUCGUCUCGUCGGUCUUCUUCCAUCUGCUUGCGACCCAAAGCAGGUCGGUGUGGAUAUCGAGGAGCUCAUCUCGAGCUUGCCAAGAUUCCCGGGUUAUUCCUUUGUCAGCCUACUUCAAAACGACCUGCAGAAAGCCCGUCGAGAAGGGUUCAUCCCUUGGCCUCAAAGUCCGUACGCGAUACCACAGCGACUCAGUCCGAUCUCGCCCCAUCGGCAAGAAGAUCUCAAUUUGCCCUUCUCGUGGAUGAACACUCCGGCUGCGAGCACCCCGAAUACGGCGGCAAUGGCACUGCCAGCGGGUCACUCGAGCUUGGCCGGGAUUCCAGAUGGGUCUGGCGCGAAUGGGUAUCCUUGGCUGAAUGUAAGCUCUCUCAGCAUCCCUCCGUAUGGACUUCUCGCAAAGCUUCGCUCCGUCCUUAGCGAUCCCUCCAGGAGAUAA